AUGUCCUGGGCGGCUGAAGAUCUUCACCAGCAGAACCUCUUCAUCGAGGCCAACCAUCAUGUGACCGAGUACAUCCCAGAAAGCGCCCUGCUCAUCUGCUGCGGCUUCAUCCUGGGGGGGAUGAUCUGGGGGGCAGACAAGACGCAGACCUUCAAGCUGACCCCUCGGGCCUUCUUCUUCUUCUUGUUGCCGCAGAUCAUCCUGGACGCCGGCUACAGCAUGCCCAACAAGAUGUUCUUCACCAACCUGGGGGGCAUCCUGAUCCACGCCAUCAUCGGGACCUGCUGGAACGCCGCCAGCCUGGGGCUGUCUCUGUGGGGGUGUCACAAGGGCGGAGCCAUGGGUGACCUUUUUACUUUAUUUCUCUGA